CAUGAAGCUCGCUGGUGCUCUGGUGCUGCUCGGGGCUGCCCUGCUCCUGACUUCAGGGGGAGACUGUGGCCUUUGCCCAGCUAUGCAAACGAAAGUUGACCUAUUACUUCAUGGGACCGUAGACGACUAUGUAGCCUAUGUGGAACAAUACAAAGAUAACCCUGCCAUACUGGCAAAUGCUGAGAGCAUCAAGCAAUGUGUCGACAGCAAGUUGACAAAGGAAGACAAGGAUCAUGCAACCAGUUUGGUCGAAAAAAUAAAAGCCAGCCCGUUGUGUUGAUGGGUAUGUCUUUGACCACAAGGAAGCCACUUACCAGCUUCUCUGCAUAGAUGCAGCAAUCGCUACUCCUUCCCCCCAGGUGUCUAAAAACAGGAAUCCAACAAUAAAAGCCUUGCAAUUC